GGGAGAAAGAGUGGUCAGGCAAGUGUGUGAGCUGCUGUCCUGCUUGUUUCCACACUGCUGCACACCACUGUUUCAUGCUAGUGUGUGUGUGAUGUGAGGGAGCCGCGUGCCGUCUCCACCACAAAGGAAUAAACUUUUGCAGUUAUUUGUGCCAGAGGAUAAAAGGAAGUAACGACUAACUGGAAGAAGGGAGUUGAUGAGUUUCUGAAGCCUGGCACUUCUCAAGUCUGGAAGUUUGAUUUUUUUUUUUCUCUUUCGGUUGAGUUGUUUACUCAUCGCCCUCUGAGAACCUCCACAGCAGAGAGUCAAGAGGUGACUCUUGAACUGCGUGCAGAGGAAUUUAAACAGAAGCUGAGAUUUUCAUCCACCCUCCGCAGUGACUGUUCGAAGUGUCACUUUUGUGCCCUUGUGUUCCUUUUCUGAUCAGCCUUUGGAGUCACAAUGAAUGCCUCAUUUUUAUAUGACUACAAUCAGUCCUUAGUGGAUCGGGAAUUUUACUGGGAGGGAAAUCUAGAUGGUUUCGGCAUCACGAUGGCCUUUCUCUACCUGGUGGUUUGGGUCAUGGGGCUAGCUGGAAACGCGCUCGUUAUCGUCGCCAUUUUAAAGUUUGACAAGCUGUCCUCUUCAACCACAGUGUACAUUUUCAACCUUGCGCUGGCCGAUGGACUAUUCAUGGUUGGUCUUCCCUUUAUAGCGAGUCAGAAUUUCAUGAACCGCUGGAUUUUUGGAGAUGUGGCGUGCAAAGCUGUCAUGGUGCUGGACGGCAUCAAUCAGUUCACCAGCGUCUUCUGCCUGACGGUGAUGAGCAUCGACCGCUACAUGGCGCUGGUGGAGCCGCUUCGCUUUGCCCGUUGGAGGACCCCGCGCUGUGCCAAGAUUGUUUCAUCCCUCCUCUGGCUGUUCUCCCUCCUCACCAUCCUCCCGAUGGCGCUUCACUUCUCGACCGAUCACGGCUUUUGUACGCCGGAUCUCGGCUCCGACGCCCGGUGGCUUGGCGUCCUCUCUUACACCUUUAUUUUGGGUUUCGCUUUACCAUUUACAGUUAUGACAGGUUUCUACGUGGCAAUGCUGCUCGCCUUGUGGGGUCAGAAACUCCGAACCUCAGCGGUGACCCUGGAGAGCCAGCAGCUGGAGCAACAGGUCACCAAAAUGGUGGUCGCGGUGGUGGUUGUGUUUGGUUUGUGCUGGCUGCCGUUUUACACCUUCAACUUCUGUUCUCCAUACCAAAACAGCUACGCCGUGACCUUCUACAGGGCUUUCGAGUUUGUGGUCCUGCUUUCCUACUCGUGGAGCUGCGCGAACCCCAUCCUCUACGCCUGCCUCUCUGACACCUUCAGGAGGCACUUCCGCACCCUACUCUGCCCCAUCACCAAGUCUUCUUCCAGCAUGCAGUGCAUCACUGACCAGCAGAACCUAAAUGACACAGUUGUGUGUGAUGGCACCAGUACCCCAUAAAGCCAAACGAAUACUGGCUGCAUUUUAAUUCCCUUCCUAUUAUGAUGCACUGCACGGUACUUUUGGACUUCUUUCUUUUUAGUUACUCCAAUAAUGCAUUGCAGGUACCUACAAUGACUUAGGAAAUCACUGUAUGUGCAGCCACUAUAUUCUUUGUUUAUUUCCACAACUGUUUGCCUAAUCCAAGUUAAACUUGGCUGGCUUUCUGCUGACAGCCCGAGUAAGUGAAGUGCUGACUUUCAGAUCAUUUGGAUGAGCGAUUCUCAUAUUUUGACUAAAAGUUGUUCUCUGCUACCAGUGUUUGCACUAGACGGACUGCUGACUGCUCCACUCUGUGUGCAGGGGGGAUAGGCAUACAUACAUACACAGAUAUGUUAAUCGUUUUUCUUUGAGUGGGCAUUCAUUGACAUUAAUGCAUUAAUGCAGCUACCCUGGGCUGAACUAAUCUCUAACUGUAACAACUGUAACCCUGAAACAGCUUUAAAGUCAUCCAAACUGUUAAAAUUCUUCCAACAUUCCAUUAAGCUGAUGGCCCAAAACUCAAAAGUUAGUCGUCACAAGGACAACUGGACAAGUUUCACUGUAGUUUUCUCGUGUUUGGUUUUCUGUGACAAAUUUUUUCAGGCACUCUGAUGUUUUUGGAUGUGCUGUAACAACCCAUUUUGCCCAUUCUGGACAGCCAAGUUUGAACUGGAGCAGUCACAGACACGUGCAGAGAGUGUAUCCUUAUAAUAGCAUCACUUUGUUGGAAAACAAGAGCUUUAUGACUGCCUACAUCUGACGCAUUUAUGUAAAUUGCAGCUACAAAAAAUACACCGGGUUUACACUUUUCACAAACAUGGCCUAGCUUGGCAAAUUUCCCUUUUUUAUUUUUUUGUUCAAACUUCUCCACUUGAAAUGUACAUUUUAUGCUCAAGCUUGUAGCCUUGGGUGUGUGGAUUUGAUGCCUUUCUGACUGUGCAUUGAGCUGCGACUUUAAAGGGUUAAUUCUAUUCAUCACUAUAUCAAAUAAAGGCUUAAACACUUCUUAAAAAGCAUAAAGAUAAAACAGAAAACACCAGACACUGUCACUAAAUGUGAGUAGAUGAUUUCCAUACCACUCUCUUGGUUUAAAUAUCACGUGUCUGUCUGACUCAGACCUGUUGUAUAAUUUGUCAGCCGAGAGCUCAGAAAAUUCAGACGAAAUGCUCUAAUGCACAUCCUGCUAUAGCGCUUUUCAGCAGAGCUAAUAAAAUGUAGCACAACAGGGAUGAAGUGUAGACAGGUGGAGUGUAAACAGAAUAACACGGGUCACAUGCUUUUGACAGCACCAACUCAUACACGCAUGUACACACUCAGCAAAUAGCAUCUCCACAUCUCCCACAGCUGGAUUAUGUCCCAGUGGCUGUGCAUGCAGGAAGGCAUCGGAUGAAUGUAUUUCUACUCGGCUGGCCACGAGCACGCACUUGCAUUUUUGUGUGCAAGCACCUAUGUUAUUCUGUUUGAUGGUGACAUACAAAAAGACACCCUUAACUAGGUGAAAGAUGCAUAAAUCACUACAUAAAGUCAACAUUACGCCUGUGUAGUAUAUGAAAACUUCCAAUGUUUGUUCUGUGUUUUGUCAUUCUGGAAAUGUAUGCUUUACCCCGCUCCUGGGUGGAAACCUGGAACCUCCAGAGUUUCUUCAUCUCAGUCUGAAUUAUGAUGUAAUCCUAAAACAGGAUUUUUUAAACCAGCAUAAUCUAUCAAUCCCAAUCAAUCCUGCAAAUGCAUACACAUGAAAACAGGGGAUUUUCUUUGAACACCAGUGAUAUUUCCUGAUUGCUUCUUUCACUCAGUAAUUCUUUGAUUAACCACACACCCCCUCCCUUUACCUCUCUUUCACUUUGACCGCUUUUAAACUUCAUGCGUCUUUAAACGUUCAUUUUUUUGACAGCUAUUCUUAACAUUAACCUCCACCAGCUGUGACACACUGAGACAUUGCUUACAUGUGUUACCCCGGCACUCGAGUGCAGGAAUCCAGCUCGGCCGUGUCAUCAGAGCGGUUAGAUUAGAGCGGCCACCAACACACCGCAGAAAGAUUCAAAUCAGCUCACGAAAGGCUGAGGAGAUUUCAAGCCGUCCAGCUGCUAACUGUCUCCCUACAUCUUUCCAUAAGCACUCCCGCUGGGCAAUCCCAAGAAUAUUUAGUGAAAUGCAUUUUAUGAGUUAACAAAAACACGUGUUAACAACAAUAACGCCUCUUGCUCACAGUGCUUCCCCCCCCCUCUUUUACUUCAACUUUAACCAGAAAACAUGAAAACACAAAUUGUGGAAGAUACACAGAAGGAGCCAACCACUUCAUUCAUAGAAGCAGCAUUUUUGCACAUAUAAGGAAAGAGACAUUUUAAAAUGAUCAAUGAUACAGUAUGUAUGAAUGAGAUUAAUAUGUCAGUCACACCACACGAAAAUCACACAUUCUGUUUCUGAUGUUUUAUAAAUGAAUAAACUAUAUGAAUAAAAAAAAUUAGCCUGAAACUUUCUUGAUUCUAAGCUUAUUUCAGUGUCUGUAUCUUAACUAUAUUUAUGUGCCAAGAAAAUAAUCACCACCAAGUUUUGUUACAUUUUUCUGUAACGAUCAUCUUACCAGUUAAUGUAACCAUUUUUCAAACCCCGCCGAGGUUUCAUUUUAAAAGCAGCAUUAAUCUUUUUCCAAACACUUCCGAAAACACCAUCUCUGCCUCAUCCAUCUCCUCUAAGGUGAAGCAAACUGAGCGUCUUGACUUGACCGUCUGCUCCGAAACCGUCCCUCGAAGGGCAUCCUGUAAAUGUCAGGCCUGCUUGUUGAGACCCACUUGUAUCUGCCGGCUUAGUUUUAAGAACUAAUGAACCUCUGCCAAAAUGUUUGAAAUGCUGAAGGCAAAGAAAGACUUGACCAGCAGUGGUGUGUCAGAGUUGGCCUAAAGGCAUAAAACAGUCCUUAAUUAGUUUGGUGGCAUGGCUACCGUAAAUGUGUAUAUAUAUAUAUAUAGAGAGAGAGAGAGAGAAUGUUUUAAUGCAAUAUUAUAAACAGCUGAUG